AUGGCUGCUUUGUACAACACAAAGCCCGUUUUCCUGCUCCUCAUCCCGCUCCUAAUGCUGCAUCGCAGUUCAGACACAUCUUUCAAUUUCCCCAAUUUUUCAGGGCCAUACGCUAACACCCUUUUAAGCUUCCAAGGCGAUGCCUUUGCAUCAACGGGUGUAAUAGAACUAACAGAAGUCCUGAAUAACGGCACAAUCGUGCUCCACAGUGCUGGCAGAGCCACCUAUGCUCUACCGGUGCGUCUUUGGGAUGCAGAAACAGGUAAGACGGCAAGCUUCACCACUACCUUCAGUUUUAAGAUACUGAACGCUCCAACUUUAGAUUUUGGCGAGGGGAUCUCUUUCUUCAUUGCACCGUUCCGCUCUGACAUGCCCCGUGAUGCAGUUGGUGGAUACCUCGGACUUUUCAGUCCCCACACCGCUCUAAAAAACACCAGCCGAAACCAUAUAGUUGCCAUUGAAUUUGACAUGCACCGAGAUGAAUGGGACCCUCCUUUUCCCCACAUAGGCAUUGAUAUUAACUCCAUUUCUUCUGUAACAACAGUGGCCUGGUAAAAUAAACAGCUUGGGGUUGCAACAGUAUCUGCUACCGUUGCCUAUGAUCCUGUGGCACAAAAUUUAAGCGCGGUCGUAAGUAACGACGGACCUAGUAUUGGGCACGUGAUUGAUUUGACGACCGUUCUGCCUGAAUGGGUCAGCGUUGGGUUCUCCGGUGCCACGGGACAGCUGAUUGAGCUGCACAAGAUUCUAUCUUGGACUUUCAGCUCUAGCUUCAAUUAG